AUGAUUCCACUUUAUCCAUUUAUAAGAUCUGUUCGCCGCUACUUACAUCCCAUACCUCUUGGAAGACGAAUUCAUACAGCACCUCACAAAGAAGCAUACCUUCAAUAUCUCCACGGUCCUUCUGAAGGCAUUGCGGUGUUGAACUUGAACCGACCGGCGGCUAAAAAUGCCCUUUCAAUCACCCUCUUGCGGGAAUUCAGGGAAGCCAUAAAAGAAGCCCGUUUUAUUCGCCAACCCCGGGUCCUGAUCAUUCAGAGUCUUGUUGAAGGUGUAUUCUGUGCCGGUGCUGAUCUAAAGGAGCGUGCAACAAUGAGUCCCGAUCAGGUCACAGAGUUUCUGUAUAAUCUUAGACAGGCUUAUAGAGAACUAGAGACUUUGCCAAUGCCAACCAUUGCAGCCAUUGAUGGAGCUGCUCUCGGAGGUGGACUUGAAAUGGCAUUAUCAUGCGAUUUACGAGUUGCAGGCCCACGUGCAAAAAUUGGCCUUCCCGAAACAAGACUUGCCAUCAUCCCAGGAUCUAUUACUAGUGCUGGAGGAACACAACGAUUGCCUCGCUUGAUUGGCUCAGCAAAGGCCAAAGAGUUAAUAUACACAGCUGCAAUAUUGAACUCCAAAGAUGCCUAUAACUAUGGCAUUGUGAACCAUGCAGACGAAAAGAGCGCUUAUGAAAAAGCUCUUAGCAUGGCCAAGCUAAUCUUACCACAAGGCCCUAUUGCAGUAUCUAUGGCAAAAAUGGCAAUUGACAAGGGAAUGGCUGUUGACAUUGAUUCCGGCCUUGAGAUAGAGCAAGCCUAUUAUGCGCGUGUGAUACCUACACAAGAUAGACUAGAAGGCUUACAAGCAUUUAGAGAAAAGCGUCCACCAGUUUACAAAGGCAAAUAA